UAGAACGUCAACCCUAAACUUCGCUCGUCCUCGAUCGAAAAAGUAUGUUCCGAGAUACCUAAGCCAGGAUGAUUAACGACGAAGUGGUCGAAGAGGUCCUGAGGGGAGAACUGCAGGCGGCCAAAUGGGCAAUUCCUAGGACCCUCAAGAUAUUCAUUUCUUCGGCGAGAGACGAAUUUAUUGAAGAAAGAAGAAUCCUUUUAGAAAAUGUGGGUCCAGACCUUCAAACGCACUAUGACUCCACAGGGCUCGAGGUCGAGCUCGUCGAUAUGCAUUAUGGAACAGAAAACGACCCACUGUCUCACCCGUUUCAAUACGAGGAUCUCAUUCAGGAAAUAAGGGAAUGUCACAAAAUAUCCAGAGGGUGCUUUUAUCUGUGUCUUGUCGGAGAUGAAGUGACGGAAAGCCCGCUCCCGGUCCUGCUCACGGAAGACGAACACGUCCAGCUAACGGGGAAAGCGAGAGAUAUGGGCAUCGAUCCUGCUCCAGUUAAUUCGUGCUACCGUCCAGUCCCAGGCUACGGUUACAGACUGCAGAACACGAGUGAGGAAGAGAUGAAAUCAGCUUUAGAAGUCUUGAAACCAGCAGCUCGGAAAUUAAAAUCUCAAGGUGUCGAGACUAACCGACAGCUCAUGAAUUCAUCAGUGGAGCAUCAGUUCAACGUUGCCGCAGAAUUAAGCACCGAGCACAUGGUGGCAGUCAUAAGGAGUUUCGAAGACUGCCCUUCCCCGUUGGAUAAUCCCGAGAUGGAAGCUUUCAAGAUUAGCAUCGCCGAAAAUUUACCCGAGGACAACAUUAUAAAAUUAACGGUACCUUGGGCAAACGAGGGGAAACUAGACCCGGACUGUUCCAAGCAUGACACGUACCUCACUAUAUUUCAAGAAACGGUCUACUCCAGGCUCCAGGACAUGAUCAAUAAAAAUAUCGAAGAAAAACCAGAAAUCAACGCGAGAAAUAAAGCUAUUCAGGAGGUUUUUAAAGAAGCGCUGAUUCAUCUAGCCCUAAGCAAACAAAUCCUAGACGAAGUCGUCGAGGUGACGAAGUUGAAAGGCACCAUCGACCACGUAAAAUCUUUGAUGAUGAACGCCCCUUCACGGCACGGCCCCAUCAUCCUUCUCGGUUCUCACGGAUCCGGAAAGACAUCUGUUCUAACCAGGAUUUACAGUGAAUGCGAAGAAUGGUUCGGGAAUAAGGUUCUGAGGGUUCUGCGCUUUUCCGGGGCGACUCCACGCUCUUCGUACAACUUGGAGCUGGUGCGGAUGAUAUGCGAGCAGUUGCUACUCCUAUUUCAGCCGGCUGGACCCUGCAUACCUAAGGACGCAUCCUUCGACCCGCUCUACAUCAACAACUGGUUCCAAACUUUGGUUAGACGCUUUGACGAAGAAUCGAGCGACAGGACGCUAGUCAUACUGAUCGACGACUUGCACAGACUGAACCCACUCGAUUCGGACAUCGUCGCUGCUCUUUCAUGGCUACCGAUCAAUCUGCCUAAGAACGUGCAUAUCGUCGUGACGUCCGUCCUAACACCUGAUGUUCUAAAGUUGACACCCGUUCAAAGGGAAAGGUUCAAAUCUUCCGACUGUUUGUUUGAGCUGCCCUCUGUUAAAGGAGAUUUGGAGAAAGAUAUAGAAGAGAAGCUGGAACGUUUGGAGGCGGAGUUCGGAUCGGAGGCAAUCUCUCGUCUUGGAGCUUUUCUCACCGCGACCGAGUUCGGGCUUACCGAAGUGGAGUUGCUGGAACUUUUAAUGCCGACGUCUAGCGACAACGGGCCUCUUCUACUCAGUGACGGCUUCUUCAACUUCUCGACGUUCUGCACAGUGAAAAGGAAAAUAAUUGCGGAAUCUCUUAUUUUUGAAAAAUUCAUGAGCGGAAGGAUUUUACUAUGUUGGAAAUACGAGAUGAACGGAAAAGUGGCCAGGAAAAGAUACCUACAAAGCCAGGAUCUCACAAGAUCGAUCCAUGCUGAAAUUGCCAACCUUUUUUUCAGCGCUUUCAGCAAUCAAGAUGAACAGCUUGAAGAAUCUGAUCAUUCCGCCGAAGGUGAGAAGCAGACACCUUUCCAGUCUCAUCUGCAUGUUACGGACGUCACCUACAGCCUCCGUCAUGUUGAAGAAUCAUGGAUCCAUUUGCUUAAAGCGGGUGACAGUUCGAGGCUGAAACAAAUGACGUUCUGCAACUUCGACUUUCUGCUUGCAGCAGUGAGAACGAUUUCUGUCAGUUAUUUAAGAUCCAUUCUCGAACACGUGCGGUGUUAUCUACUCGACAGAGAUAUAGAGUUAGUAUAUUAUACUGUGAGAAAAUCCAGCGAUGUGCUUACAAGGGAUACUUUACAAUUAGGAGCUCAAGUGAUCUGUUGGUUAAGACCAGUUGCAGAAACGAGCGGGCAGUUAAUGAGCAGGAUGAUCAUGUCUGCAAUGGCUUGGUGCGACGGAUUUACAGAUCCACUGUUGGUUCCUCUCAACAGCUGGCUCCUCCCGCCGCUCCCUCUUCAGAUCAAAAGUGUUGUCUGUCCUAACGGUGUACGCCUAAUCGAGCCGACUCCCACGGCUCAGCACGUCGUGCUAAUUCCAAAUAACGGAGACCCUCAGAUCUGGCACGUAAUGUCAAACGCUCUUGUACAUACUUUCAAAGGACACAGUGGAAGGGUUUUGUGUCUUGCGAUUACGAAGCAAUCACAAUAUUUAAUUACCGGUUCUGAAGAUACUUCAAUAAUCGUGUGGGACUUAAAAACUUUAGAAAUCAAGUUAAGGCUGUUCGAACACAUUGCUCCAGUGCUUUCUGUGACGCCAGCAUUGAACAACACGCUUCUUGUGAGCGGAGGUGAAGAUUCUAGGAUAAUCGUGUCUUCUUUGGUCACUGGUGAAGUAGUCGUUAAAAUUGACCAUCACAGGGGCCCGGUUACGGCCGUCAACGUCACACUCCAGGGAGACAUUCUCGUUUCCGGUUCGUCGGAUAAAUCCGUUUGCCUAUGGGAGUUGGAGACGUUCACCCUUCUGAACACGAUCGUCGUAGCUUCUCCGGUCUCUAUGCUAUCGAUAACGGACGAUUCCGUUUUUCUUCUUGUUGCUUGCGAGGACAAUCAGCUUUACCUACACACUCUCGCCACAGGGACUGAAAUCCACACGCUGAGGGGUCAUAAAGCAAAAGUCGUAUCGAUUACGCUAGCUGGUGAUAAUCAAAGAGCUGUGGCAGGUGGUGCGGACGGCAGAGUCUACGUAUUCGACAUGCACAGCGGAUGUCUCGUGAGGACCAUUUCCACAAGCCACAACGGUGAAGUGACCGGGGUCAAAGUGACAAACAACGACGACUUCUUGAUAACUGCUGGUGGAAACAGAAUAACUUUCUGGAGCUUCCGGAAAGAGGACGGCGUUGGCGUAGACGACGCAGUACAACCGAUGAGUGGUAAAGCGCAAAACCAAGCGCAAAGGCUGCACACAGCACCCAUCACCUGUUGCGAUAUUUCCAGGGACGGCAUUACAAGUGUUACAGGAUCGAUGGAUUGUUUGGUAAACGUCUGGCAGCUGAACACUCACGAGUUACAUUCGACGAUGGAAGGCCACACCGGCACAGUGACAUGCGUGGCUAUAUCACCCAACGGAAUAUUCGCCAUUUCCGGCUCCGAAGACAAAACGGCGAGGGUUUGGGGCUUGACGCUCGGCAUGGUUGCUACAGUUUUCAAGGGCCACCAGGCGACCGUGACGGCCGUGGCAGUGCUCGCCGACAGCAGGCGAGUCGUGUCAAGCGACAGGCAGAACGUCUUCACCGUCUGGUUAGCGGACAACGCGACCCUUCUGCACACCGCUUUGGGCCCGACGACAUACAUGGCCAUAUCAAACGACAUGAAAUAUGUCGUCAGCGGGGACGGCGACAAUACAGUGAGAAUCUGGCCGGCCACGCCCCACAGAGACGACGAGCGUUUUAACGUAAGCCACAGCGAAGAAAUAACGUGUUUUGUUAUCACCAUCGACUCUUUACACGUGAUCACCGGGUCGCGAGAUAUGUCUCUCAAAGUAUGGCAAGUCGCUGGAGGAAAGCUGACGCAAGUGUUAGUAGGACAUACGGAUCAAGUUACUUGCGUGGCCGUAGCAAUAGAAAACAAGACCAUUGUCGUUUCUGGAUCGAAAGACUCAAAUCUAAUUGUUUGGGACAUGAUCACUGGUGAUGAUCUCCAUUUGCUCCAAGGCCAUUUGGGAUACGUGACCUGUGUAAAAUUGGCGGGAGACGGAAGCAUCGCGGUCUCGGGAUCCGAAGAUAAAAGGAUAAUAGUUUGGGACACAAAGAAAGGGGUUCCGCUGACCUCCCUUCAACUCCAUCAACCGAUACUGGGCUUUGUUAUGUCGACCGACGCUACAAGAGUAGCGGUCCACCUCCUUGAAAGUAAACAUCUGCCGAUAAUAUGCUUACACAACACUCCUGCGACCUACGUCAAAAUGCCCGUGUACGUUGCUCCGGCUAAGGAAAUCGAAGAUUUGCGGCCGAACGCGCCCAAGAGACCUAUGAGGAGGCUGUUAAAGAAAGAGGUAUCUCUCGACACUUACACAUGGCAGAGGAAAUACGGACAUUUAACUAGUUCCAUAAUGAAAUCAGCAGUCGACGAGAGGUUCAAAAGAAGAUUCUCGGUCUCCGCUAGCAUGGAAGAGAUAUCCAAAAUACCACAAAAAGAAAAUUUGGGCUCCCAGCAAGGUUUGGGGCCGGAGCAAGCUGCCCUGGCACAGUCACAGCAUUUUGAUCAGCUAGAAGCUCUAUGGAACAAAAGGUCCCCGCCUAGAUCCAGGCGAAUGUUUCAAUCCUUGUCAAAGCAAAACUCAAGGUCGAGUCGUAAGGAUUCUACAGAUAAUGAUGAUCAGCCUUCGCCAGUGGAGGAAGUUGCAGAUUUCAUAGGAGACUAAUUUUCCCCAAGUUUACCUCACUCCUUGCAACUGAUAUGUGAUCUGAUAUCAAUCAUUAACCUUUUUUAUUAGAUAGAAGUUUAACACAAACAUGUAGAAAUUGCAAUAACUUUUGUUGUGUAAAAAGAGCAAAAAAAAAAAAGACGCAGUUUCUAAUACUUUUAUUUUUUAAUGCUCAGCAAAUGAUAGAUACAAAUAACUAAUUUGUUCGAAAUUUUCUUGUUAUAUAUUAAAAUGCUGAAUGUUUUUCCACUUUCGGGGCCAAAGGUAUGGCUAACAGCUCAUUUAAUUUUAUUUUACAUUAGUUUGCUUUUUACGUUUUAAUAACAAUUUUGUACGCCAUGAGCUUUAAGGUACCAAGGUAUUAAUUUAAAAAAACUUGUCACAAGUGUUGCAUAUUAAAAAGAUACAAAAACUAUUUUUGUGAAGA